CUUUUUUUGGUGGGCCAGUAAGGAGAGCAUUACAAUAAUCAAGCCUACUAGUUUCUCAGUAUUAUCAUCAUAAUACAUCAGAUACACAUUUCAGGCAUUUGGCUUUUAGCUUUUUUAAAACUACAACAAACAAGCAGAACAAGAAGAUAAAACCAUAUUGAUGCCAUGAUCCAAUUUGUCUUAUUCACUGAUUCUUAACUGUUAUGAAUCUGGCUGUGGUUUCUGAUGUGCUAUCUGUUACAGUGGUACAGGGUCAGAAUGACUGGGGAGUGACUUACACUUCUACUCAGGUCUGUGCCUUAAAAGGAUCAACAGUGGACAUAUGCUGCACCUACAGAUACCCAUCCAGAGUAAAGGGCACUUCUACUGUAGUUAAGGAAACAUUCUGGUUUACUCAACUGAGUAAUAAUGAACCUGUGGAUCUGAAAACAGACUCAGAGUAUGCAGGUCAUGUGCAGUAUCACUGUGAUAAGAACAACUGCACUCUGAGAAUCACAGACCUGAGAGAGAGCGACUCAGCUCAAUACAAGUUCAGGUUCAUAACAAACCAACCAGGAGGGAGAUUUACUGGUUCACCUGGAGUCACUUUGACUGUCACAGCUCUCCAGGUGCAGGUGAUCACAGUAACAGUCCAUCAGUCUUAUACCGAGGCAGAGCUGAAAUGUCUCAGCAGCUGCAGUCCAGCAGGUGGUAUUUCUUAUGUCUGGUUCAAGAAUGGACAGAAAGUUGUGAAGGAGGAAACUUCUCUUUAUUCAGGGCAGUUUAAUCCCAGUGACAACGUCUCCUGUGCUAUGAAAGCACAUGAGGAUUACCGCUCUCCUUCAGUGUAUGCUCCAAAGCUUCCCUCUGUGUCAAUGCUCCAAAGGUUCCCUCUGUGUCAGUGA